AUGGGAUUAAGUCACUCUUCAACUUAUCAUUCUUCUCAUAUUAGGAGUGUGACGGAAUCUGGUCCGGUUAUUGCUGAACCACAUUCAGAAAUAUACCCGCGUUUGCCAAUUGAAGAUUUCAUUGGCU